CCGCGACUGCGCAGGCCUGGCUGCGCCGGCUCGGAACUAAACUGGGCGGGGCGAGGGCGCGGGCGGACGGCGGCCCGGGGCGCUGGGCAGGCGUCGAAUGGGCCUGCCCGGCAGCCGUAGUCUCAAACUGCUCUCCGCCGGAAGCCGGACCCGCGGUUUCCCGGGUCUUGCGGUUCCGUUCCCCAGCUACCCCGACCUGGCUUCGUGCCUGCAGCUCCCACAGUCUUUCUGGAUUAAUCGGUCCCAUCGCUCGUCCUCCUCUUUCGGCCCUGACCUAAUACGUAUCGCAACAGAGGACCGCGGACUUCGUUUCCGCCACCACCUCGUACUUCCGGAACCAAAGCGGCCCGUUGCCAUGGCGACUGUAUACACAGGCUGGCAGCAGCGCUGCCGGUAUUCCGUAGCUACUAAUGCAGCGGUCCGGCUGGGAGAGGGCUCCUGCUUCCCGAGCGCUAAAAUGGGUUCUAGGAAAAAAGUUCACGCAUUUGUCCGUGUCAGACCCACUGACGACUUUGCUCAUGAAAUGAUCAAAUACGGAGAUGACAACAAAACCAUUGAUAUUCACUUAAAAAAAGAUACUCGGAGGGGAGCUGUCAAUAACCAGCAGACAGACUGGUCAUUCAAACUGGACAGAGUUCUCCAUGAUGCCUCCCAGGACUUGGUUUACGAGAUAGUCGCGAAGGAUGUGGUUUCUCAGGCCCUCAAUGGCUUUAACGGCACUAUCAUGUGUUACGGGCAGACAGGAGCUGGCAAGACGUAUACCAUGACGGGGGCAACUGAGAAUUACAAGCACCGGGGGAUCCUCCCUCGUGCCCUACAGCAGGUUUUUAAGAUGAUUGAAGAACGUCCCACACAUGCCAUUACUGUGCGCGUUUCCUACCUGGAAAUCUAUAAUGAGAGCCUGUUUGAUCUCCUAUCCACGCUGCCUUACGUUGGACCCUCAGUCACACCUAUGACCAUCGUGGAGAAUCCUCAAGGGGUCUUCAUCAAGGGCUUGUCGGUCCACCUCACAAGUCAGGAGGAGGAUGCAUUCAGCCUUCUCUUUGAGGGAGAGACUAACAGGAUUAUAGCCUCCCACACAAUGAACAAGAACUCAUCCAGGUCACACUGCAUUUUCACCAUCUAUGUGGAGGCCCGUUCACGGACCUUAUCAGAUGAAAAGUACAUCACUUCCAAAAUUAACCUGGUGGAUCUAGCAGGCUCGGAGAGGCUGGGGAAGUCUAGGUCUGAGGGCCGAGUCCUGAAGGAAGCCACCUACAUCAACAAAUCGCUGUCAUUCCUGGAGCAGGCCAUCAUUGCCCUCGGGGACCAGAAGCGAGACCACAUCCCCUUCCGGCAGUGCAAGCUCACCCACGCCCUCAAGGACUCAUUAGGGGGAAAUUGCAACAUGGUCCUCGUGACAAACAUCUAUGGAGAAGCUGCUCAGUUAGAAGAGACGUUGUCUUCACUACGGUUUGCCAGCAGGAUGAAGCUGGUCACCACCGAGCCUGCCAUCAAUGAAAAGUAUGACGCUGAGAGAAUGGUCAAGAACCUGGAGAAGGAGCUAGCAUUGCUCAAGCAGGAACUAGCCAUCCAUGACAGCCUGGCCAACCGUACCCUCGUGAACUAUGACCCUAUGGAUGAAAUCCAGAUUGCUGAGAUCAACUCCCAGGUGCGAAGGUACCUGGAGGGAACGCUGGAAGAGAUUGACAUAAUCAACCUCAGGCAGAUCCAGGAGGUGUUCAACCAGUUCCGGGUGGUGCUGAGCCAACAGGAACAGGAAGUGGAGUCUGCUUUGCGCAGGAAGUACACCCUCAUAGACAAGAAUGACUAUGCAGCCAUCUCUGCUGUCCAGAAGGCAGGGCUCGUAGACGCUGACGGCCACCUAGUGGGCGAGCCUGACGGACAAGGCUUUGGACUCGGAGUCGCCCCUUUCUCUACCAAACCUGGGAAGAAAUCCAAGUCCAAGAAGAUGUUUAAAGAGCAGCUCAGCUCCUCAGCAAGAAAGGAGGGUGCCAGCAGUCCUCUGAGCGGCAAGGACUUGGAUGUUUCUGUCUCCAAGACCCAGCUGACCCCUUCCUCCAAGGAUGGGGAUGUCAAAGACAUGCUUGUGCGGGACCGGGAGACCUCCAAUACUGAGCCCCUGGCCUCUGACUCCCCAAAGGAGGAAUUACGCCCACCCAGGCCCAGCACCCCACCCGCCAAGCCUGUGGCCUUUGAGGACUUUAAGAAUGAGCGGGGUAGUGAGAUCAACCGCAUCUUCAAAGAAAACAAAUCCAUCUUGAACGAGCGGAGGAAAAGGGCCAGCGAGACCACACAGCGCAUCAAUGCCAUCAAGCGGGAGAUCGACGUGACCAAGGAGGCACUCAAUUUACAGAAGUCACUACGGGAGAAGCAAGGUGAGUAUGAGAACAAAGGGCUGAUGAUCAUCGAUGAGGAGGAAUUCCUGCUGAUCCUGAAGCUCAAAGACCUCAAGAAGCAGUACCGGACGGAGUAUCAGGACCUCCGUGACCUCAGGGCUGAGAUCCAGUACUGCCAGCACCUGGUGGACCAGUGUCGACAUCGCCUGCUCAUGGAAUUUGACAUCUGGUACAACGAGUCCUUCUUCGUCCCUGAGGACCUGCAGAUGGCACUGAGGCCGGGUGGCAGCAUCCGGCCAGGCAUGAUGCCUCUCAGCAAGAUUGUGUCUCUGGGAGAAGAUGACCAGGACAGGUUCAGCCAGCUGCAGCAGACAAUGCUGCCCGAGGGUCCUGACUCUGUCUCCUUCUACAAUGCCAAGGUCAAGAUGGAACAGAAGCACAAUUAUUUGAAAACCAUGAUGGGCCUCCAGCAGGCACACAGAAAAUAGAGACUCAAGGCCAGCACAUUGAAGGAUGAGAUCCCCAGUAAAUCCUGCCUGCUCUAGAGAAGCUGCCAGCACUCCUGCCCAGACUCCAACUCCUCUGCUCCGAGACUGGGGCCCAGUCCAGGGAACACAGUGGCCUGUCUGCCGGAACAGCCUUCAAAGGACACCCUUGACUACCUUCACAGACCGCUUUUGGUUUCAACACGCUGUCUUAUAUGCAGGGACAGGAUAAAAUAACUGUUUGGUCUCGACUUUCAGUGCUCAUCCAAAACUUCUAUUUUUGGUCAUGCCACAUGGCACGUGGGAUCUUGGUCCCAAUCCCACCCCUAGGGAUGGAACCUGUGCCCCCUGCAGUGGAAGCACCAAGUUUUAAUCACUGUACCACCACGGAAGUUCCCAAAUAACUUUAUUCCUAUCUGGGAGGAUGUCUUCCCUAUGUAGAGGUGGGGUCCUAACAAGUCUCCAGUUAGAAAGUGGACAGGUAGCCCCUGGCAGGCCUUGGUCCCACUGGUCAGCCUCGUUCCUUUCCUGAAUGGCCAUUCUGGGUGAGCUGGGUCCGAGGAGCCCUGGUUCUCAUGGCUCAGGCCAUAGCUCUCUGUGUUCCUGAGCCAGCUGAAGGCAGGACUCCCUUCUUCAGCAACAGGGAGAGGAUGGGGUGUAGGUGGAAAUGACUGAAAGGCAGGUUCUUAUUAUAAAAUAAGAGGAGGCUUAAAAUGAGAUCAUUCCUGCCAUGAAGUUAGUAGUGAGAACCCCAUGGUGGGAGGCUGUCUGACAAGAUUGCAGAACCUGCGCUGUUUGCAAGAUUGAACUAAAUAGUACCUCUCCAAACAAAGGCCCCGUGAUUCUGCUCCUCAGGCCUUCAGUGAGCAGCUGGAUGGGGGUUCUACUGAGAGAAAGCCGAAAGGCUUCCCUGAGGGUUGUCCCUUCUCUGCUGUCCAGCCCCCUUCUCUUUCACUGACUGGCAGGUACACAGUGGUCCUAAAACAGACUCCCAGAGCAGCCGUGAAGGCCCCAGACGUCAUUCCCCUUGAUGGCACAUGGGGGCUGUCACUGAUCAGCAUACAGCCUUGAUGGUCAGUCCUCCUGUUUCCUUUAAAUGUGGCCAAACAGGCAGAUGUGUCCAGGCAAUGGUCAUUGUCCCAGCAGCUGGAGGCCUUAGAGAGUUCAGAUUCUUUACCUUCUCUGUUUGCCCUUGUCAUUACCAGGACUUGUUUGGGGUUCCUGGGUCUUUAGAACAGCUCAGGGAAUAGAACAUAGUAAAGGGGAUUCAGUGGUAAAGAAUUUGCUUGCCAAUGCAGGAGACCUGGGUUCAGUCCCUGGGUCAGGAAGAUCCCCUGGAAAAAGAAAUGGCAACCCACUCCAGUAUUCUUGCCUGGGAAAUCCCACGGACAGAGGAACCUGGUGGGCUACAGUCUAGUUGGUCUUAAAAGAGUUAGCAACUAAAUAACAACAGAAAACACAGGGGUACAUUUUGUUGGGUGUCACAGGAAAUAGCCAUUUGUAGCAUUACAAGUCCCUCUUCAUUUCCCAUCAUUGGCUAGAAUAGCAUAUGGCAUCCUGAACAUCCAUGCACAGAACUCCUGGGCAGCCAGACCUGAGGCCUGCAGGUCAGGGAAGGUUUGGCCUCUGUCAUGGCAGUUGGUCCCAUUUGUUUCUAGCUCAUUCAUCAUUACAUAGGUCUGUUUGGUCAGUUCUGGCACAAAAGGAAACAAGUAAUCAUCAGUGUGGGCAGAGCCACAGGAAUAAGCCAGGAUGGUGCGCAGUUGAUCACCCUCCACGCAAACUCCUUAGAGGAGCAGAUGCUUCCAACAUGACAAGGAGCUAGGGGCAUCAUGUCCACUCAAAUGUGCCUUUUGUUCUAGUAAGUAGUUCCUUCUGAGCUAAUCUGACCAUCAUGGCCAUCCCUGAAGGGGACUUCUAGUUCCAUCAGUGUGACAGAUUAAGAUAACCUGAAAAUACUCUGACUACAAACAGAGAUGCAGUCUAACGUAUACCAUUCUUUUAAAUGCAAAGCUAAAUUUGUAGGAAAGAAAGGGAACUGCCAGGAGCUGGAGAACUGAAAACCAGAGUGGUCAGUUUCAACCAGCUGUGUCUGGGAGGUAUGUGAGUGGAUGCUUGCUCUUGAGUGUUCAUGUCCACGUUAAGUGUGAGUAAUAAGACUUGGCCCAUGCCUCAUAUGAAGAUGGAAAUGGAACUCCUUGCAUAAAGGUGGCUGCAUCUGAUAAAGAGGUAAGGUAGAAAAAAUUUUCCCACUGCAUGGAGAAAUAAUGAGAGGAAUCGAAAAGGGACAUUUUUUCUGUUAUUUUAGGAAGCAAAAAUGGAACAAGAGUUUUCCAACUGCAGAAUGGAUGAUCUUGAUACAAACUGGGCUCCCAGUCCCUGGGGGAGAUAAACUGAGAGCAUAGAGAAUGUAGUCACAGAUGUGGUCAGGCACAUGAAAUACCCAUUAUUUAUUCCUGUUCAUAACUUCCAUGAAAAAUUCUCUUUUAACAACAGAUAAAUGGACAUUAUUCUUCAGUGUUGGAGAAUCAACUGGCUCAUGUUUUCUGGAGGACAAUUAGGCAGUGUAUCUCCAGAGCCUUAACAACGUAUACUGGUACACACUUUAUGCAUUAAUAUAAACUUUUUGGACAAAAAUUUGGCCAUAUCUUUAACAAUUGUGUGUAACAGAUGUGUACCAUAAACCUAUUUUUUUCAAAUGCAAAUUAAUUUAUUUUAUUGUAAAAUUAUUUCAAAAUAUUAUUGUAUAGUAAUUAUUUAUUUUAUAGAUAAUUAUAAUUAUUUUAUUUAUUGCCAGAUUUUAUAAGUUUUACAUUUUAAUACUCAUGGGCACCAUGAUUUCCAAGUACCAUGGGCUGGUCAAUUGUUGUGUGUACUUCUGAGGUACUAAAUAGUCAUUCAUUUUCAACAGUGAGUAAAGAAGCCAGAUUUAUUUCUGUAGGUUCUACAGUAAAGUGUUCAGCUGACAGUGAUGCUGUCAUCAAGUUAUUAAAGUUUUCCUCCUUUCUAAUAGUGAACUGACUGGGUAACAAUUUAUCUCCUUUUCAAUUCCUGGACUUGAUGCUAGGUUGAUGAUACAAUUUCACUGAAGCAAACACACAAACUGAAGCAUUUUGCUUUACUUGAAGGAAACACUAAAUAUCAGAGGUAACACUGCUAUUUUCACUUAUAUAUUUUUAUUUCUGAUAGAAAUAGAUUCCAUUGACCUUGGACCUAGAACUGUUGCUGUGUGGAGCAAGGGGAUUUGAGUUUAAGAAAACAAAAUUGUCUAUGAAUAUCCAUGUGGUACUCAGCUUCCAUUGCAUACACACCAACUGCAGGAUUUUUUCUGGAGUGACAAUAUAGGAGAAUCUUCAGAGCAGGGUUUCUGCCUGCCAAUGCAGGAGAUGCAAGAAAUGCGGGUUCGAUCCCCAGGUCAGGAAGAUCCUCUGAAGAAGGAAAUGGCAACGCACUCCAGUCUUCUUGCCUGGAAAAUCCCAUGGACAGGGGAGUCUGGCAGACUAUAGAGUCCAUGGGGUUCACAAAGAGGCGGACAUGACUGAGCGCAUGUGCACACACAGUAAGUAGACUAGUGCUCUCAAGGUUACUUCUAUUGAGUAAACCUCUCGAAAGGACCCCCUGAAAAUCUGCUCAAGUAAAGUUAAAUUUAAUGAACUUACAGCAUUAAAGAGACUGCCAAAGUGGCAUAACAAUUUCUCAGAGGGGAAAGUCAGAGAGGAUAUGUAUAGAGCUUUAGGGCCCAAACUUGGAGGAGGGCAUGGCAACCCACUCCAGUAUUCUUGGUUGGAAGAUCCCGUGGACAGAGGAGCCUGGUGGGUUACAGUCCAUGGGAUCACAAAGAGUCGGACACGAUUGAGUGACUCACACACACACACGACCCAAACUGGGUAGAUUUAAGGAAUGUCUUGCAAAGCAGGAAACUGACUGAAAUUUGGCAGAGUUUAUAACAAUAAUUUUGGAUUGAUAGGCACUGUGAGGCAAUAGCCUUUAAGCAAGUAUUGAUGAAUAAAAUGCUAGUUUUGACAAGUAAGCUCUUUCUGUUAGUUCACAGUCUUCUAGGAUCAAGUACUUGCUGAAGCAAAGAGCCAAGUUAUUUUUGUCUGUUCUCAGUGUAUAAGGACAGGAAAGUAUGCCUGGUCCCAU